GACCUUUCAUCUAUAUAUACCAUAUGACCACGAAACUAAGUCUACUCCAAAUUAUCAAAUACAUAGCUUUCCUUGUUUUGCAACUUCUUUGAGAUCUUGAAGAUUUUACAAACUUGAUUAAUUACUAGUGUUUCUGCUCGAGAUUCUCAAAAAUGGGUUUCCGUCUGCCCGCUGUAAUUCCUGCGAAGAAGCUUCUUCGGCGGUCUUUUUCAAAUACAAACAGAGGAGCUUCAAUUAAUCUAGCGGAUGUCCCAAAAGGUUAUUUUGCAGUUUAUGUUGGGGAGAGUGAAAAGCAGCGAUUCGUCGUUCCUAUAUCAUUCCUCAACCAGUCUGUGUUUCAAGAGUUGCUAAGCGAGGCUGAAGAAGAAUUCGGAUUUGAUCAUCCAAUGGGUGAUCUGACAAUUCCCUGCAGACAAGAUGCCUUCCUUGAUCUCAUUUCUCACUUGAAUUCAUUGUGGGGGCGAUGGAGAGCAAUUACAUGAACAAUAAUGUGAUUGAUACAAUUUUGUAAAGCGGAUACUUUCUACAUUUUGUUCAUUUUUUUGGCUCUGGGAGGGAGAAAUAUUGUCCCCUUACGUAAAUGAAGAAUACAGCAACUUUUAA